UUUUUCACCUUGCCUAUCGAUGUUCUCUUCACAACUCUGAAUCAUUUAUUUCACCGCGUGAUACUUGAAACAAGCGCUAGUUUGAUAGAAGCUAUUACCCAGCUCUGGUUAUUUCUUGUCGAUGACUGCGUGGCUUCUGGCCAUCUACCCAUAGACUGUUUGGUACUUGCAUGUGUAGGGCACGCCAAUUUUUGGCUUUGUCAGGCAAUGCAGCCCAGCCGCAUGGCAUUCCCUUCUCAUCUCAUCAACAUGCAUAACUAUCCAUCUGGAGAGAUGACCUUAAAUGGUCGGUCAGACAAUACUACCGUGACUAAUCCAAAACUUCUCGACUCGGAGACUGAUAAGCAUAUAGGCCAAUUAUCGGCUCCAUUAGAUCUCGAGGUAAGCCCAAUUGUUGCUUUUUGUUGA